AUUCGUUAACGUUUCUGUUUGUCGAGUCGCUUCGAAUUUUCUUUGUGGCUGUUAAGUAAUAAGUUCUUAUGAAUUGUGAUUUAAUGUUGAAACAUUGUGAGAGAUAAUAUAGUGCUAAAAGUGGUACUUAAAUAAUCACCUUUAUAACGACAAAAAUAUUUUUUCGUAAGAAGAAAAUGUCUAGGGAUAUAAUAUAUUAUUCUGAAAAAUAUUAUGACGAGGAACACGAGUAUAGGCAUGUGGUGUUACCAAAAGAAAUGGUGAAAUUAGUGCCUAAGAAUCAUCUGAUGUCGGAACAGGAGUGGCGUGGUAUUGGUGUUCAACAGAGUCAAGGAUGGGUGCACUAUAUGACACAUCAACCAGAACCUCAUAUCCUGCUAUUCAGGCGGAAGAAGACAACCCCACCGGAGAAAAAGUAAGACCAUAAGAAAAAAAGGUUGUGAUAAAUGUAUUGUACAGUUUUGUCUUGAGAUUAGACAUAAUUAAUUAUAAUUUGCCUCAAAACAAGCCUCCAUAACACUCGCUUUUCAUUUGACAUGAAAUUAUCUGGAAUAAUAUGUAGGUAAUUAUAAACUGAAUCUCUUACAUGAUAUAUAAAUGUGCCUUAUCAGGAAAUAAGAUAUUUUUUGACAGAAAGAAAUGUGUAUUUCUAUUUAUUUUCACAGUGGAUAUAAUUAUGACAAUGUAACAUUAAAUAUUUGUCAUACUAAUCAUUGUGAGGGCACUAGUAUGUAUUGAUUACACAGUAUUGAUCAGGUUUGUAUACCGUCCUUUAUUAAAUGCAGGAUUAGUGUUUACAAUAUUGUCAAAAAAAAAUCUUUACAUCUUUUGUGCUGUGACAUUAAAUUCAUUUAUGUUCCUAUUUAAGUUUUUUUAAAUAAUAAUAUUUCUAAUUGCAGUGUCAAAGUAUAUAAGUUUGUUAUGGGUAUAAUCUUUAUUCCAUAUUCUUAAGUUGCAACCUAAAUAAGUCAUUAAUUUUAAGUCAUCGCUACAUUAUUUUCAAGACAAGAACUUCUUCUAUAAUAAACAUUAAUAAUUUCUUUUUCUUUCUAUGUUUAAAAUAGGAAUAAAUACAUGACAAUUUUAUUAUAAUUUUCUUUGUAUAGUAUUUUAAGAAUUGACCACCAAUUAUAAUAAUGCAAAUAUUUUUGGUAGCUUUUUAAUAUAGAUUGAUUUCUUUUGUUUGACCAGCCAUUGUCUAAAUCGAUAUAGGUUAUUUUUAAAUGUAUAUAAUGAAAUUGAAAUCAAUAAAAGGCACACUGUAUCAUAAUCGGGUGUUUGUAAAUUAAUGAAAUAAUGUUUGGUACAAAUAAAUUAUUUGGUGCUAUGUUA